AUGGCGCCCAAGGCUAAAGAUGCCGUUGCGAAACCGAAGCGCAAGAGAGCCUCCGAUGGUGAGAAGCCAAUGAAGCGUCGUCGCUCAUCCAGCCAAGAGGACGAGAGCCCCGGUGAUAAAAUCCUCUUGAUGGAGCAGGGCAUCUUGGAGUCCAAGAAGAACUACAACAACAUUCCAAUCUUGCUGCAGACCAUGGACGGCUACAAGGACGGCAGCGAAGAAUCUGUCCUGGCGUCCGUCGCGCUGUGCCGUGUCUUCAUGCGCCUCCUCGCCCAAGGCGCAUUCAUCUCCAAAAAGGGGUUGUCAGAAAAAGAUUCUGUCGUUCUGGCGUGGCUCAAAGACCAGCUCAGUCUGUACAAGACCACCCUUCUGGCCAUCCUUGCUACAGAGGAGGAGCUUUCUGGCACGGCGCUCACUCUAUCUAUGAGGCUACUCAAGGCAGAGGGAGAGUUUCUCUAUAAUAAGGAAGAGUACACCUUCCCCACAAACUUCCUUCAGAGCAUCAUUGUGGCUUUACUUCAGACAGACAAUGAUGAAGUAAGAGGAACCUUCAUGCAGGAGUACGCUGAAGGAUAUGAUGAUAUUCGUUAUUAUACUUUCAAAUCAAUCAAGUCUGCGAUAGAGGGUUCGGUGGAUGUAGUCUCUGAAGCUGAGGUCUUCGAUCAUGCUCUAAGCAUGUUAUCUGCGCUUGAUGGAGUUCCUGAGUCAGCAGAAGAGCUCGAAGACUUUUUCGUACCGGCCCCCAAGAAGAAGAACCACAAUCUGCGCUCAGUCACACAGCAUAAGAGGCAGGGCCAGGAAGCAUGGCUUGCUCUCACGGGCAUUGCGAAAAGCAAGGAGCAGCGAAAGAGCAUUCUGAACAUCAUGUCCACAGUCAUCGCUCCCUGGUUCACAAAACCCGAGUUGCUGGCAGACUUCCUAACACACUCAUACGACACCGGAGGCUCCAUGUCGCUGCUUGCUCUGUCAGGUGUAUUCUAUCUGAUCCAGGAACGCAACCUCGACUACCCGUCCUUCUACCACAAACUCUACUCUCUGCUCGAUAGGUCCAUCUUGCACUCAAAGCAUCGAUCAAGAUUCUUUCGUCUUCUAGACACCUUCCUUGGAUCAACCCAUCUUCCCGCUGCCUUGGUGGCUAGUUUCAUCAAGCGACUCUCACGGCUCUCACUGAAUGCGCCGCCCAGUGCAGUAGUGUUUGUCAUUCCUUGGAUAUACAAUCAGCUCAGGAGGCAUCCUACGUGCACACUUAUGAUUCACCGAGAAAACAAGGAUCCGUCGAUCAAAAAGCUCAUCCAAAACAAUGGCGUCGAGGACCCUUUCCUUCCAGACGAGACGGACCCCAUGGAGACGGGGGCCAUCGACAGCUCAUUAUGGGAAAUCGAGCAACUCCAGUCGCACUACCAUCCAAACGUAGCUACCAUUGCUAAGAUCAUCUCGGACCAAUUUACCAAGCAGUCCUACAACAUGGAAGACUUCUUAGAUCACUCCUAUGCCACGCUACUUGAGGCAGAGAUGACCAAAAACGUGAGGAAGGCACCGGUGGUCGAGUUCCAUAUCCCAAAGAGGGUUUUCUUACCGCAGGAUGAACCAACGGUCAACCCCGACAGUUUGCUUGUGAAAUUGUGGAGCUUUCAAUGA